AUGCGUACUCGAAGGUCCAAGAGCAUUGAUCUAGAUUCCUACGAUCCUGAGGUUGAACGAACACUUAGAAAGCUUCGAGGAACAAUCAAGCAAAAGCGUGAAUCGGUGUCUUUACCACCAUCUUCUCCACCACAUUUGAGUUUGGAAGAGGAGGAAGAACCACAAGAAGGCAUGGCUGAUAACCGGACUUUGAGGGAGUUGGCAACACCUAAUACAGAUCAACAACCAUUGUGCAUCACAUAUCCAAAUGCAGGGGGAGGAUUUGAGCUUAAGUCCGAGGAUGCCAACAAGCAUCUCAUGGAGUUUCAUGUGGUAUGCUCGGGAAUGAGACCAGCCAAUGUGGAUGAAGAGCAAGUCAAGUUGAGGGCAUUCCCAUUUACGUUAGAAGCUAAGGCAAAGGAGUGGCUUUACAAUUUACCUCCAGGAUCAAUGAACACAUGGAACCAGGUGAAGCAAGCAUUCUUGGAGCAAUAUUUUCCGGCCACAAAAGCUGCAAGCAUAAGGAAAGACAUAUGUGCAAUCCGACAACAACAUGGAGAGCCCUUUGGAGAUUACUAUGAGCGAUUCACACAUUUGGUUGCAUCUUGUCCUAAUCAUCAAAUUUCAGAGCAUCUUUUAAUACAAUAUUUUUAUGAAGGAUUGUGUGGUACUGAUCGUGUAAUGCUUGAUGCAGCAAGUGGAGGAGCAUUCAUGAACAAGUCACCAACAAAUGCUAAGGCAUUAUUAAAGAACAUUGCUGGCAACACACGACAAUUUGGAGGGAGAGAUGAGCUACCUCUUAAGAAAGUUAACGAGGUUAUGGUGGCUCCAAAACAGGUGUGCAGUGUUUGUUCAAUGAUGGGACAUGCCACGGAUAUGUGCCCUUCGUUAAUGGAUCAAGGUGGUCUUGAGCAAGCUAAUGCGUUAGGAGGGUUUCAGGGGCAACAAAGACAAAAGUAUGAUCCAUACUCCAACAACUAUAACACAGGGUGGCGCGAUCAUCCACACUUAAAGUGGAACAAUCAAGACAACGGACAACAAUCUGUUCCCAACAACUAUAACCGUCCACCUGGCUUCUUUCAAGCAAGACCGCAGAAAACAGACAAAGCAAUUGAAAACCUUGAGCGCCAAAUGAGUCAGUUAGCAAGUUUGAUGGGGCAACAACAUCAACCAGGAAGGUUGCCUAGCCAAAUCGUGGUGAAUCCAAAUGCGGAGCAGAUGAAUGUUGUGACUUUAAGGAGUGGAAAAGAAGUUUUUGAGCAGCCAAGGAUGCAAAAGAGGACUAGAAAAGAUACAAAUGAGCAAGGGGAGCAACAAACCAAAAAUCUUGAGCAAGAUGAGGCUUCAACAGAAACUGAAAAGUCUUAUAAAGAUACAGAAUUAAACAAAAAAGAUUCUGAUAAGGAAAUCUUGGAUACUUUCCGACAAGUCCAAGUGAACUUACCUCUUUUAGAUGCCAUAAAACAAGUGCCCAAGUAUGCAAAGUUCCUUAAAGAGCUUUGUACGAACAAGAGAAGAUUCAAUGAUCAAGAAACUGUGGCAUUAAGCGAGGAAGUAUCAGCUGUUUUGCAGAGAAAGCUACCACCGAAGUUGAAGGAUGCCGGUAGCUUUACCAUUCCAUGUGUAAUCGGAGGGAAAGAGUUUGGAAGAGCAUUGUGCGAUCUGGGGGCAUCCAUCAAUCUGAUGCCAUAUUCAGUGUAUGAAUCACUAAACCUUGGAGACUUGAAGGAAACAAAGAUGGAACAUGACCCUAUGCCUACUGCACUUCCUCUUAUAUUGGGAAGACCAUUCCUUAGAACGGCGCGUAUGAAGAUUGAUGUUUACGAUGGUACUUUAACCAUGGAAAUUGAUGGAGAAAGUGUCAAGUUCAAAAUCUUCGAUGCUAUGAGGAUAUUUUUAAUGAAGGUGUGGGACAAGACAAUUUAG